AUGCCGAGCUGCAUCGUGAAGGGCUGUAAGCACCACACCAGCAUGAAGUCCUCCAACCCUCUUCUCACUAUGCACGUCUUCCCACGGGAGCUCGGCCGGAUAAAGCUCUGGCUUCAGCAGACCAGUCAGAACUUUGAUGAUAUCGACGCUUUCGCUGCCAAAAUUCUAGAAGCGGCAAAAACAGGUAAAUACAGAAUCUGCUCAGCCCAUUUCGAUCCGGGCUGCUACACCACAGUGGGCUGCCGGCUGGUACUGAAACAUGACGCCAUACCGACCGUCUUCCCUGGGGUCUAUCCCAAGCUGUCCUCGGAUUGGAAGACCUUCUCUCCACAGGCCAGAAAAGCCCACGUGGGCCUGGAAGUCAUAGGGACGUACGCCCCGGGAUGUGAAAACGUCAGCACGUCCAAGCCCGGCUUCCUGAGAAAAGACGCGGCGACACAGACAAAGGUGGACAAUGAUAAGACACGUCCAGUAUCCCUCAACACAAGUCUAAUGGAGAGAUGUAACAAACAGGAGGAGAUAUUUGAUUCUAGCGGACGCCUCAUUGGGGUCUUCACCCCGGACUCCCGCCAGAGAGAUCUGAAGGUCAGACCGGGACUCUGGACUUAUGAUUGGUCAACACAAAUACCCAAAGAGCCUUCCAAGACACACCCAACAACGGAGAAUAAAGAGGCCCUGUCUUCUCUAGAGAAAGUUCUGAUCUCCUUAUUGAAACACAUGGCAGAAGUUCCUCACACCCGCCCCCAGAAGCAAAGGACCAGCCGCCUGCUGAACCGGACUGCCGAGAUCAUCUCCAUCCUGACUGGAGAGGAAUGGACGGUGGUGAAGAAGAACGCACACAUCAGCAAAUUCUACCAGAUGAUCCGAGAGGUUCCCAUCAAAUGCGGAGACGUGGCCAUGUUCUUCACGAUGGAGGAGUGGGACUACAUAGAGGAGCACGAGGACCUGUAUAAGCCGGUGAUGCUGGAGAGCCCCAAGGAUGGAAAGGACACGGCAUCCCAUACUGUUGCAGGCAGCUGUCAAGAAAAGACUCCACCAUCCCUGCAACAGCCAAUCGCCAACACAGGCCGCAGCGCAGAUUGUAAAGGGCUUCGGAAUGUGCCAGCCAAGCAAUCCAUUACUCUCAAAAGACAGAAACAGCGCAAAUCCAACCCCGAUUCCACCACACACGCAGUGAAGCAAAGCAGAAAAGAGUCUCUGAAGAAGGAAGAAAACAUGGACGCUUCGCAAACUCCGAAUUCUACAAGAGAUGCCCACCAGACACACCACACAGCUGAAGAUGAAAAAUUCAUAAAGAAGGAGGAAAAUGUGGACACUUACUUGACAGAAAACUCCACUGGUGACAUCACCACAGAGCUGCCUUGUGACCCCCCUCCGAGGAAGGAUCCCUCCAAAGCAGAGGUCCACCAUAGAUGGGGCAUGAGGAAUGAUUUUCGUCAAUCAGAGAGCUCUGAGCUCUGGAUAGCACAAGAUGGAACCACAUCAUCCUGCUUUAUACCAGAAGAUGUUCCCAGAUCCCAGGGAUGGACCCAGAAGACAUAUUCCAAGAAACCGCUGCUGCUCCAGUGUCCUCGCAACCUCUCUUCUGACAAAGCCCCCAACAUAAAAUCCGAUGGCUCGGGAUCAGACCAGACUGGAUCAAAGAGGCCGGCGAAAGCAAACGAGCACUGGUGCCAUCAGUGUAACGAGCACUUCCCAGGAGAGAUGUCAACUGGCAGCUCACCAAAGAUUGCACACAAAAAAACCAAGACGGUG